UGUUUACCAUUCAGUGCCGGGCGUGGAGGGCGGCAGCGGGGAGGCUUUUCACCCCAUAACACUCCAGAAGAAGAACACACAAUAGGAGAAGGACAAGCCAUUAAGGAAUGAAAGAAGGAGGUAUUACGCAAGUCUCGGGUCAGCCUCCCAAACACGAUAGCAUUUUUUUUUCCAGCGCAGAGAGCAACACAAGGGCAAUAAAAAGAAGAUGUAAAAAAAAAAACUUGCUGUCAUAUAGCGAUAAGUAUGGAGUGGCCAAAAGGUGGUGAAACUGUCUGCUAACUUUCUGUCACAAAACAUCAUUGGCUAAUGUUAAAGAAGGGGUAGCCACAUCUUGUGAAGUUAAUAAUUAAGGACUUUUUUUGGUCCACUUCAUUGGCUGGUGAUAACGGACUGGAUUGGAGAUGGAUCUGUGGAGCAUCACAAAACCACAUCAUCAGCUAGACUAACAACACCAAUAAUAUGUAGAUGGUUGCUUAGCUGCCUUGCUGGGUCAGAAGUAUCUCAUAACUACAGUAACUACUACUACUACUGCUACUGUCACCACUGCUGCUUCUGCUAUUAGUACCUGCUACAUACUAUAACAACAACAAUCAACUACUACUACUACUAUCACUACUACUACUACUACUGCCACAACCACCACCACCACUACUAUUACUACUACUACUACUACUACUACUACAACCAGCAGUCCCACCAUCAAAUGUGCCAGGCCCUCCACAAGGCAGAUAACACAUUUAGGAGACACACGUCUAAUCUCUCGGCCUGGCCACCAUGGCACACAAGAUAAGGUCACUCAUCUCCAGCAAGGUGUCCCGAGCACUGGAGGGAGUGUUGUCUGGGACCAGGGAAGCCAAGCCGUCCACUGUUCUCCCCUACAUCCAGGUUGAUCCUCAGGCCAGCCAGGCGCCAGAAUUCAAACUGUCUCUGCGAGAUCUCCAGCAGCGCGGACUGACCAACUCUGCUGACAGACUCAAGGGCCUGGCAACAUUCGGCUCAUCGCUGGUUGAAACAUUUGAGACAGACACGCUGGUUCCUGCCGUGUACCUGAAGCAGACCAAGGCGGACGUCAGGCUCAACUUUAAGGUAAGCCCCAGUCAGCUCGUCUCUGAUGUGGUUGACACAAUAACUGAUCGACCAAAAGAUUUUUGGCGGACAAGCGGACUGGUCAGCCUUCUACCCCCCCAAAGAGUGGUGGUGGAGUACAGCUCCCCAAACAUCGCCAAGCCAUUCCAUGUUGGCCACCUGCGUUCCACCAUCAUUGGCAACUUCGUUGGCAACAUUUGCAGCGCUGUUGGUCACUCGGUCACCCGCCUCAACUUCCUUGGUGACUGGGGGACACAAUUUGGACUCCUGAAGUAUGGCUGUGACACUCAAGGACUGACUGUAGCAGACUUACAAGAGGAUGCCAUCACCAAACUACAUCAAGCUUAUGUUUAUGCCAACCAGCGUGCAGCAGAGGACCCUAAAGUUGCUCAGACUGCCCGAGAGACAUUCACGCGCAUGGAAGAAGGUGAACCAGCUGAUCUAUCUGCCUGGGAGACCUACCGGGAGCUCUCCCUGAUUGAUUUAAAGAGAGUGUAUGGAAGACUAAAUGUGUCGUUUGAUGAGUACCAUGGGGAGAGCAUGUAUCCACAAGAGGCCUGUCGAGAGGUAUUACAGGCGAUGGAGAAUGCUGGACUGUUGCGGACCUUAUCAGAUGGAAGGAAGGUCUACCCAGUCAAUCCUAACCAAGACGUCACGAUUGAGAAGAGUGAUGGGUCAACCCUGUACAUAACAAGGGACGUUGCUGCUGCACUAGACCGCUUCAACCGCUAUGCCUUCACCAGGAUGAUCUAUGUUGUGGAAAAUGGGCAGUCAGACCACUUCACUGCCCUGUUCUCCAUCCUGAGGGCACUAGGUCACCGAUGGGCAGAGGACGGACUGUCACAUGUGAAGUUUGGGAGAGUGCGAGGUAUGAGCAGCCGCAAGGGGACAGCUGUGGCCUUAGAAGAUCUGCUGGAUGGGGCGAGGCAUCUUAUGUCAGAGAAACAGCAGACAAGCAAGACCACCAGGGUCAGCAGCCAGGCCUCAGCGGAGGAGUUGGCCGUGUCGUCAGUCAUUGUGGGUGACCUGAAGCAGCGGCGUCAGCGUGACUAUGAGUUCUCUUGGGGCAAGGCACUGCAGGCCAGUGGUGACACGGGUGUCAAGCUGCAGUACACACACUGUCGCUUGCUAAGCCUGGAGCAGCACUGUGGGGUGGCACCACGACCAAGGGUCAGCACAGCACCGCUGGUGGAGCCUCAGGCACUGGCACUAGUCACUGAAAUCGCCAGGUUUGAUGAGGUGUUGGUGGAAGCGUACCAUGAGCUGGAGGCGUGUGUGCUGGUGGCGUAUCUGUUCCGCUUGUGCAGUGCCACCAAUGCAGCCUUCAAGGUCCUGCCCAUCAAGUCAGCCCCUCAGGAGGUGGCCGAGGCUCGCCUGGCACUGUUCCUGGCAGCGAGGCACACCUUGGCAGCGGGCAUGGCACUGCUUGGCUUGCGGCCUAUGACUCGCAUGUGAAUAGGUGCCUUCGUUUGGUUUGUGUCAGACAAAGGGCGGCAGGAGCUUAAGUGGGAGGGAGUGACGGCUUAGUAAACAUCCGUCCGCUCAUCCGCCCACUCAUCCCGCAAUCAUCCACUCAGCUGGGAGUGACGAUCGGAAACCAGACGGGCGCGUUCCCUGGCCAUGGACACCCGAAUAUUCUCUUGCUGGUGGUACUUGCACAGCUUGAGCAUUGCGAACAUGGAAAGCCCAACCCAGCACACCCAAGAGGUCCAAGCACCAAACUGUGAGGAAGAGGGAAGGUGAGCAAGAAUGACUGACAUGGACACGCACUCACCUAGGUAACUGCAACUAAGUAAACACACAUAUUCAAUCACUGCACAGGAUGAAUGUGUAGCAGAUGAUGCCUUCAGAGUGGAGCUAGCAUUACCCAUUGUUAAAUAAAAAUGUAUAAAGGA